GGCUGGGGUGAGAUCGACUGACUUCCGGCCAGGCCGUUGUCUGGGUGGCGCGGUCGAGUCAUCGUAGGGCCUCACCGCUUCGGUCUCCCAUCCCUCCCCCCCGCCUCAGCGCGGGGGGUCGACCAGCCAAGUGAGGCGGACCUUCCCCUCUGUUUCGCUCUGGCCAGCUUCCUGGCCCCCCGCGCUGGGGUCUGGGGUCCUUUGGGCCCGCGAGGCCCGGUCUGAGGGGCCGGGGCCUACGUGGGCCCGCCGCUGGGCCCCAUGAGGCAUAGCCUGACCAAACUGCUGGCGGCCUCGGGCAGCGACUCCCCAACCCGCAGCGAGAGCCCGGCUCCGGCCGCGACCUGCUUGCUGCCCCCGGACCUGACCCGGGCGGCGGCGGCGGCGGCGGCGGCAGAGGAGGAAGAGACGGCGGCGGCCGGAUCUCCCGGCCGCAAACAGCCGCGCGGGGACGACGGCGAGUUGGAGGCCGGGAGGGGGGGUCGCGGCGGCGUGGCCGUGCGCGCGCCCUCGCCCGAGGAAAUGGAGGAGGAGGCGAUCGCCAGCGUCCCCGGAGAGGAGACGGAGGACAUGGACUUUCUGUCCGGGCUGGAACUGGCAGAUCUUCUGGACCCCCGGCAACCAGACUGGCACCUGGAGCCCGGGCUCAGCUCGCCCGGGCCUCUCUCAUCGUCCGGCGGAGGCUCCGAUAGCGGCGGCCUGUGGAGAGGGGACGACGACGACGAGGCCGCGGCUGCCGAGAUGCAGCGCUUUUCUGACCUGCUGCAGAGGCUAUUAAAUGGCAUCGGAGGCUGCAGCAGCGGCAGUGACAGUGGCGGCGGCGAAAAGAGGCGGAGAAAGUCCCCAGGAGGCGGCGGCGGCUGCAGCGGCAACGACAACAACCAGGCGGCGACAAAGAGUCCCCGGAAGGCGGCGGCGGCUGCUGCCCGUCUUAAUCGGCUGAAGAAGAAGGAGUACGUGAUGGGGCUGGAAAGUCGAGUCCGGGGUCUGGCAGCCGAGAACCAGGAGCUGCGGGCCGAGAAUCGGGAGCUGGGCAAGCGCGUGCAGGCACUGCAGGAGGAGAGUCGCUACCUACGGGCCGUCUUAGCCAACGAGACCGGACUGGCUCGCUUGCUGAGCCGGCUGAGCGGCGUGGGACUGCGGCUGACCACCUCGCUCUUCAGAGACUCACCCGCCGGUGACCAUGACUACGCUCUGCCCGUGGGAAAGCAGCAGCAGGACCUGCUGGAAGAGGACGACUCAGCGGGAGGAGUGUGUCUUCAUGUGGACAAGGAUAAGGUGUCCGUGGAGUUCUGCUCGGCGUGCGCCCGGAAGGCGUCGUCUUCUCUUAAAAUGUAGGGUCAAGUAAUCUGCUCUUUAUCCGCGUUUACCCCUUUCAACUCCCUUACACCAUGUAAAACACCUUAGUGGGACAUCUUCACUGGACACAUUUCAGAGGAGGAAAAAGUAAUAUUGAAUCUUUAAGUGUUUAGCUAAAAGCAUGAAUGUGACACUGUAACCAACUCCUAAUGAUAACAUGUGACUAUUAAAUCUCUCUGACAGUUUCUUUUUUAGGUGAUUUCCUUCCUGCCAGGCUCCGUUGUAGGGGUUACAGAACAGUCGUUCCCGCCUCACAACCUGACUUGCGUGUACCUAGCUCUUCUGUCCCCAGUGUGGACAUGGCCUUGGAUGACAUCGGUUCCAACUGUACACUGAAAGCUGCUAAUAGAGAUACAGUUUGGAGACAGUGAAACAGGUGAAGUUGAAUGGAAGUUCCGAGUUGUACAAGGUGCAAAUUGGAAUUCCAGUUUUAGAGCAACUUUUUAGAGGUUGACAAUAAGUAUUUGGGGCUUGCACAAAUGUGAUAGUUAUUUUGCUGGAGAUGACAGAAAUAUCUUAAAUAUUUGGGUAUGCCUUUUAGUUUUCAGUAGGAGAUCUAGAAACAAUCUAUUUAGAGUAAAAAAAAAUUUAAUAUCUCACCUUUAAAGAAGUUGGAAAUUAACAUGCAUUUCUGUGUUAAUUAAUUGAAGGAGGAAUAAGAAUGGCUAAUGAAAUGUUUCUUUGAGGACCAGCACAGUGAUUACCCUAUCACUGACUAUAAAUAAAUUGUUGAACACCUUUACUUUUGUUGUAUUAAAAUUUUAGGUUAAAUUUGUGUAUGAUUAGGUACUGAAGGUUGUGAAAUGUGAAUGAAAACGUGUAAAGUGAGGCUUCACAAAGAAUCUUAUUCUCCUUAUUUCAAAGGUUUUUGUCCUGUUUAAAAAUAAUUUUGAAAAUUGAGUGGUUCUGGCUACUUAAGGACAUGAUUGACACUUUUUCCAAAGAUGGGGCAUAUUCUUCUCUUGAAGUACUGUAUUAUUCAUUGUCCAGUUGUAUAGAUUGAGUUACAGUGUCCUUCAGUGUAAGAGGCAUUAAGAAAUUCUUUGUGAAACAUCACUGUUUGAUAAAGUAUAUACAUAUUUAGCAUCCUUGUUUUUCUUUGUGCUAAAGUGGAUACAGCUGUUGGGGCAGAAGAGACGGGACCAGCUGCUGGCCACAUUUCCUGCUUUAUUUUAAAAGGUAGUAUAAGAAAUGAGGAAAAAGAGGUAAUAUCAGGGCUUCUGCUGUCUUUUAUUUUACAAUGUUCAUAAUUAAAAAAGUAUUUUCCAGCAGUCCAAAGAUGUAAGUUAUCUUACACAUGUUUUAUUUUGUUAUUUGGUUAUAAAAAUGGAAUCCUUGUUCUUGCACAACUGUAAAUGUUUUGUUGCUAGAUAACACGAUUUGAGACCUAACUCGGUCUCUGGUUUCCAGUGCAUUACAGCAUAUUUUGUAAAAUCAUCUACUGCACUUGAGCAUGAAUGGGUAGUAGCCAAAUUCACAACCUGGAGUGAUGAACCUGCUUAUACUAAGUGCAGGAGCAAGCCCCUCACAAUGCAGCUGCAUGGAUUUUUAGUGCCUACUGAAUUAUACAUAUAUAUAUAUAUAUAUUAAAAAAAAAACCAAAAGUAGUUGGAAAAAUUAUUUGAAAUGACUAAUUUGUGCUAUCUCUAUGGAAUAUGUUAAAUGUAGCUUUUUGAAACAGAAGCCUUGAAUUGAAAUUUAAUUAAUACUUGAACAUUUUGUAUAUAUUUCUUUGUAUAUAAUUUUGUGCAGUACCAAUGACAAAAAUAUGGUGUCAUAAUAAAACCAGGUUUGUUGAUCUUUCAGUUAUGGGCUCAAAGAAUUUAUUCAUCUCUAACAUGACAUUGGAAAAUAAUGGAUGAAAAUAGGAAAAAUGAUUGUUGUUAAUGCUGACUGUGGGUCUUAAAAGGUUCUGGAAGCAGUAAGUGUGUUUUUCUAAAAUACCAUUCCCUUGGAAUAUUUUCUUCUAAUGUCAGUGCUUUUCCUGCAUUAUUUGAAGUUUGGGGCUGGGGAGAAACAGUAGUCAAAGCUUUCUGAAUUGGAAUGCUUUGAAAAUUCCAAGUGUAGAUUUUUAGGAUGUCAUUUUAUAAAUGGCAGUUUUUGGAAAUACUUGACUAAGAACUUUUGAAAAUGGAGAUUAGUAUCGCCUAUUUUUAAAGCUGCUUUGUUAGGCUCCUUAUGUUUUAAGUGUCUUUUCUUAGUUUCCAUUUCAUUCUCUUUUUUUUUUUUUCUUUUUCUAAUUUUGGUGACUUAGUGAUUUUGUCAUUUUUUACAUCAACUUCAUGGUCUUGUUUUUACAUGGUAUUGCAUGUAUUUAGGACCUGUCUAACGGGCUUUAAAUAAAUUUGAUCAUAUUUAUGUGUAAGCACAUUUUACUGUAAAUGUUUGGGUUUCUGAAUUUACAACAGAUCUGUUUAUUUCAGUAUGUAGUAAACAAUAUCUUAAAGUGUCCUAUUCACUACUUGUUAAUUAAAGUUAUGAUUAAUAUGAAACUGUUGUCUUACUAUUUUUAGAAAAUUGUGUUCUGAAUGAUUAGUAGUUGGAUAAAGGAGAUUUCUGAAAUAUAAUAUGGAUUGUUUUGAAA